UUCACGUUAGAGUGUCAGCAGCAACAAGAACACCAACGAUUGAAACCCCACUUUCAACUUUGAACAAACAAACAACAUCUUCUAGUUUCAGUCAAGAGAGAGAGAGAGAGAGAAGAAUCCAUACACACCUUAUAAAGGGAAAGGCCAAGGCCAACCCAAAUUUACCAAAUUCUUAUCUCUCUCUGGGUUUCUUUCCUUCCCCCCUUUGCUUUAUUUUUCUGGGUUCUCUUCCUCAAUUCGAUUCCUAUCUUCUCCCAAUCAAAGUCCGAGUCUUGGGUCUUGAUACUCUCAUGUAAAGCUGCUUGCUUUACAGCCCUUUUGUUUGAGUGAAUCAGAGGUUAAAUGUGAUUGCGGAAUAAAGACUGAGUGAGUGAGCCAUGUCUAUUCCCAAGGAGCCGGACCAGGUAAUGAAGCAGAGGGGAGGCUCUGUUCUCGGAAAGAAGACCAUUCUCAAGAGUGACCACUUCCCUGGCUGCCAGAACAAACGCCUCUCCCCCCACAUUGACGGCGCUCCCAAUUACCGUCAGCUUGUGGAGAAUGACAUACCACCAAAUGUACAUUUUUUUCCGAAGCAGUUGCUUCUACAGGCUGAUAAGUUACGUGUUCAUGGUGUUGCGAUUCCCACAAUUGAUGGAAUCCAGAAUGUUCUUAAGCAUAUUGGAGCUCAGCAAAUUGAUGGCAAGCGAGCCCAAGUUCUUUGGAUUAACCUUCGCGAGGAACCGCUUGUUUACAUUAAUGGGCGCCCUUUUGUGCUGCGUGAUGUGGAAAGACCCUUCUCCAACCUUGAAUAUACGGGAAUUAACAGGGCUAGGGUUGAACAAAUGGAAGCCCGAUUGAAAGAAGAUAUCUUGGUUGAAGCUGCAAGAUAUGGAAAUAAGAUCCUUGUCACGGACGAAUUGCCAGAUGGCCAGAUGGUCGAUCAAUGGGAACCGGUGUCAUGUGAUUCUGUGAAGACACCACUAGAGGUUUACGAGGAAUUGCAACUCAUAGGAUACCGGGUUGAUUAUGAACGUGUUCCUGUAACUGAUGAAAAAUCACCUAAGGAGCUGGAUUUUGAUAUCCUGGUUCAUAAAAUUUCUCAAGCUGACAUAAAUGCAGAAAUAAUUUUUAAUUGUCAAAUGGGACGAGGGCGAACUACAACUGGGAUGGUCAUUGCUACUCUAAUAUACCUCAACCGUAUAGGAGCUUCUGGUAUUCCAAGAACGAACUCAAUCGGAAAAGUUUCUGACUCCAGUGUGAUUGUCGCUGAUAAUGUUCCAAACUCAGAAGAUGCGAUCCGAAGAGGAGAAUAUGCAGUUAUAAGAAGCUUGAUUCGGGUCCUAGAGGGUGGUGUUGAAGGGAAGAGACAAGUGGACAAAGUCAUCGACAAGUGUUCCUCUAUGCAGAACUUACGUGAAGCAAUUGCCAUUUAUCGCAAUAGUAUCCUGCGUCAACCAGAUGAGAUGAAAAGGGAGGCGUCACUUUCAUUUUUUGUGGAGUAUUUGGAACGAUAUUACUUUCUUAUAUGCUUUGCUGUGUACAUUCAUUCCCUCCGGUCUAGUUCCUCUGAUCAUUGCAGCUUUGCUGACUGGAUGAAAGCUCGACCAGAACUGUACAGCAUUAUUCGCAGGUUGCUGAGAAGAGAUCCAAUGGGUGCACUUGGAUAUGCAACGUUUAAUCCAUCACUGAAGAAGAUUGAUGAAUCUGCUGAUAACCGCCCUUCUGAGAUGGGUGUAGUUGCUGCCUUGAGAAAGGGUGAGGUCCUUGGUAGUCAAACUGUUCUGAAAAGUGACCACUGUCCCGGUUGUCAAAACCCAAAUUUACCCGAGCGCGUGGAUGGUGCUCCUAAUUUCCGAGAGGUCCCUGGAUUUCCAGUUUAUGGAGUUGCAAACCCAACAAUUGAUGGUAUUCGGUCAGUCAUCCAAAGGAUUGGUAGUUCCAAAGAUGGUUGCCCAAUUUUUUGGCACAAUAUGAGAGAAGAACCUGUUAUCUAUAUCAAUGGAAAACCAUUUGUACUCCGCGAGGUUGAAAGACCAUACAAAAAUAUGCUUGAGUACACGGGCAUUGAUCGUGAGAGAGUGGAGAGGAUGGAAGCUCGACUAAAAGAAGAUAUCCUGCGUGAAGCUGAACAUUAUAGGGGUGCUAUAAUGGUUAUUCAUGAAACAGAAGACGGACAAAUUUUUGAUGCUUGGGAACAUGUGGAUUCUGGGGCUAUUCAGACCCCACUUGAGGUUUUCAAAAGCUUGGAGAGAGAUGGUUUUCCCAUAAAGUAUGCUCGUGUACCCAUCACUGAUGGUAAAGCGCCGAAAAGUUCCGACUUUGACAAGUUGGCUAUGAAUAUUGCUUCUUCAUCAAAGGCCACUGCUUUUGUUUUCAAUUGCCAGAUGGGUCGAGGAAGGACAACCACAGGUACUGUAAUUGCUUGCCUUCUGAAACUUCGAAUUGACUAUGGGAGACCUAUCAAAAUCCUUGUUGACAAUAUCGCCGGUGAAGAGGUAGAUGGUGGUAGCUCAAGUGGUGAAGAAACAGGAGGUUCUGGUACUGCAUCAUCCUCCAAUAUUUCAAAUGUAAGAACUGACAAGGAGCAAGGCCGUGUGUUUGGCAUGAAUGACAUCCUUCUGUUGUGGAAAAUUACAAGAUUGUUCGAUAAUGGGGUUGAAUGCCGGGAAGCCUUAGAUGCUAUUAUUGAUAGAUGUUCUGCUCUACAGAACAUACGCCAAGCCGUUUUGCAAUAUAGAAGGGUAUUCAAUCAACAACAUGUUGAGCAAAGGGUAAGGAGGGUGGCAUUAAAUCGUGGUGCUGAGUACUUGGAGCGCUACUUCCGUUUAAUUGCUUUUGCAGCAUACUUAGGAAGUGAAGCAUUUGAUGGAUUUUGCGGGCAAGGAGAAUCUAGGAUGACAUUUAAGAAUUGGAUGCAUCAGAGACCGGAGGUUCAAGCAAUGAAAUGGAGCAUUAAAUUAAGACCUGGAAGAUUUUUAACUGUCCCUGAGGAAUUGAGAGCACCUCAAGAGUCCCAACAUGGAGAUGCUGUUAUGGAGGCUAUUAUCAAGGCCCGUAGUGGCUCUGUUCUGGGGAAAGGUUCGAUACUUAAAAUGUAUUUCUUUCCCGGUCAGAGGACUUCUAGCCACAUACAAAUUCAUGGUGCACCACAUGUUUACAAGGUGGACGGAUAUCCUGUGUAUAGCAUGGCUACGCCAACAAUUCCUGGUGCGAAAGAGAUGUUAGCGUAUUUAGGUGCCAAGCCCGAAGCAGAAGGAUCUGCUACUGCAAAAGUGGUUUUAACUGAUCUGAGAGAAGAAGCAGUUGUUUACAUUAAUGGCACACCAUUUGUGUUGCGGGAGCUACAUAAACCUGUUGAUACACUCAAACAUGUGGGAAUAACUGGCCCAGUGGUAGAACACAUGGAAGCACGAUUAAAAGAGGAUAUACUAUCCGAGGUCAGACGGUCUGGUGGCCGUAUGCUUUUACAUCGCGAGGAGUAUAACCCUUCAUUGAACCAAUCCAGUGUCAUAGGAUACUUGGAAAACAUCUUUGCAGAUGAUGUGAAGACUCCAGCUGAAGUAUAUGCUUCUUUGAAAGAUGAGGGUUACAAUAUUUCGUAUAGGAGAAUCCCAUUAACUAGAGAGAGAGAGGCUUUAGCUUCAGAUGUGGAUGCAAUCCAAUACUGCAUAAAUGACUCUGCAGGAUCAUACCUUUUUGUAUCACAUACGGGAUUUGGAGGAGUUGCAUAUGCAAUGGCCAUCACUUGUGUCAGAAUUGGUGCAGAAACAAAUUUUACAUUGAAGGAUCUACAACCAUUGGUUAGAACGAAUCGAUCGUAUACACCUGAAGAGGACUUGCCUUCUCGAGCUCCUGAUGAAGAAGUUCUGAGAAUGGGUGACUACCGUGACAUACUAAGCCUUACAAGGGUUCUUGUUUAUGGUCCCAAGAGCAAAGCAGACGUUGACAGUGUUAUUGAAAGGUGUGCAGGUGCAGGGCAUUUACGGGAUGAUAUCCUUUAUUAUAGUAAGGAACUUGAGAAGUUUCCUGAUGGUGAUGAUGAGCAACGAGCAUACCUCAUGGACAUGGGUAUUAAAGCUCUAAGGAGGUACUUCUUCCUCAUCACAUUUCGGUCCUACCUCUACUGCACUUCACCAGCUGAGAUAAAAUUUAAAUCAUGGAUGAAUGCGAGGCCUGAACUAGGACACUUGUGUAACAACCUUAGGCUUGAUAAGUAAAUCCACUAGAAAUCCUUGUAUUGCUUGUAUUUAUGUACAGUUGGCAAUGCUUUGCCUGUUAUAGUUUCCAUUAAUCCAAUAUCGGGUGUGAGUGCCUUUUGAUCCCUUCAGAUUUCAUCCGAGGGAUCACAUGCGGUUCAAUGAUA